AUGACAGAAUCAAUGGUCAUGAUGGAGAUCCUUAAUAACAACUUCAUCACAUGCCAAUGUCCAGAUAGGCGCAUUCUUCUUAGGAGUUUCACCUAUGACGAGGUCUGUGCAGCAACACAUGACUUCGAAAUGGACUGUUUCCUGGGACAGGGUGGGUUCGGCCAAGUGUACAAGGGCUUUCUUGAUAGCACCAAUCAGGUGGCUAUAAAGAGGCUCGAUCUUCAGGGACAACAAGGGCAUAGGGAAUUCGUCACUGAAGUUCUGAUCUUGGGCAAUGUGCACCACCCAAAUCUUGUAAAGCUCAUUGGAUAUUGCACUAGUCAAGGUCAAAGGAUUUUAGUUUAUGAGUAUAUGCCUUUGGGUUCGCUGAACAGUCACAUCCAUGAUCUCCACCCUGGUCAGCAGCCUCUUGACUGGAGUACAAGAAUUAAGAUACUCCUUGGUGCUGCUAAAGGUCUUGAGCAUUUGCAUCACAAUUUCACCCCUCCUGUCAUCAAUCGUGAUGUGAAAUGUGCAAACAUUUUGCUCGGAGCGGGGUACCACCCGAAGCUGUCUGACUUCGGCUUGGCAAAGCUAGGUCCAACUGGUGACGAUACCCAUGUUUCAACAAGAGUUAUGGGUACACCUGGUUAUUGUGCGCCAGAGUACUUGAUGACUGGUAAAUUGACAGUAAAGACAGAUAUUUACAGCUUUGGUGUAGUUAUGCUGGAGGUUCUCACCGGAAGAAUGGCUAGAGACGAAAGACUCCCUGAAUCCGAGCGAAACCUUGUCGCAUGGGCUCUCAACUUUCUCCGCAGACGGGAGCUGGACGUUCUGGUAGAUCCGGCACUGCGGGGUCAGUGCUCCCAGCCUUGUUUGGAGCAUGCCUUUUUUGUUGUUUCACGCUGCAUCAGUGAAACACCCAGUAUGAGACCAAACAUGCGAGAUGUUGUCGCCUCUCUCACUGUGAUCUCAGAAGUUAGAUACAGAAGGCGGUUGGACCGUGGCGGACGCAGCACACCAACAAGAACUAGCUCUGAUCGGAACCACCAGGGCGAGGAUCAGGGAGAGGGAAACUAAGGAAUCCAGUGCAUAGCAAAAACAAUGGUGCUCUUCUGUUGCUGCAUUUUGUGGUGAUGGUCAGUUACUGCCUGUCUGGGAGCAAGAAAGUCAAUGCCUGUUCAGAUGAUACUGUUGAAUUGCGGGGAAGUACAUGGUCAUGAUGAAGAUUUUUUCCCCCUUAUAGUUUGUAGACAACCGUUGUAAACUCUUGUUGUGUUUGUCGUGGUUUAGUCUUAUCAGACGCUCUGUUUGCAUGUUGUAUUGAUGACGAUGGCUUGUUUCCCUUAUUUUGCAUGUUGUAUCGAGGACAAUGGCUUAUUUCCUUUAUUUUGUUCGCUUGGCUAAAAAGUCAUGAUAGCAAGUAUU